GAAGAAGCCAUCUUUUCACGUUUUAGUAGCGACAGUGCCGCGAAGAGCGGGAAAUUACGCUUUUUUUUUUUUAGCGGACUUUCCUGAAGUUUCCUUGUUUUUUGCAAAUGGCAACAAAUGUAUUUGCCUUUCCUUUUGUAAAUACAAUUGUAACAAUAUAUGUAUCAAAUACUUUAUCACAUGAGUUUAAGAUCGACUGGCUCAACUUUGUUAGGCGUCAUACUUUUUGACUUAGUCAUACUUCAUCUCGAGCAGGGUUGGGGUUGUCUCGGAAAGUAGGGCUGGCAGUGUGCACGUCCUCUUGGAAGGAGUUUUAUACUUCAGCCAUUGUUGUCUUGCUAAUUUAUUUUGAUUUCAUCAUCGGUCUUUUUUUCGCCUAACUUAUUCAAGACAUCUAAUAAAGCCCUGUCUACAAUGGAGAACGAAAUUGCAUUUAUCUCAAUCUGCACCCAGACCCAGACCAGCACUCCCUCCCCCCCCCCUGCACCCGUCUCCCCGGACUGCAGCACUAGCACCUCUCCCUCUCACCAUGCUCCCCGCUUUGGCACCAUUAUACCUAACCGUGUCUUUGUGGGAGGCAUUGAUUUCAAGACCAACGAGAACGACCUGAGGCGCUUCUUCUCCCAGCAUGGAGCGGUGAAGGAGGUGAAGAUUGUCAUUGAUCGUACUGGGGUGUCAAAGGGAUAUGGCUUUGUUACCUUUGAGACCCAGGAGGAUGCCCAGAAAAUCCUUCAUGACGCGGACAGACUGUGCUUCCGGGAGAAGAGGCUCAACAUCGGCCAGGCCGUCCGCAAGCAACAAGUAGGAGGGCCCACUAAUAGCUUUGCCGUGUCCAGCCCUGCUCCUGCUAUGAUCCCCACUCCCUGUGGCACCAUGUACCUCACCACCUCCACCGGGUACCCCUACACUUACCACAACGGAGUGGCCUACUUCCAGAACCCAGAGAUGAGCACCUCCGCCCCCCACCACUGGCCUUCCCGGUCCAUCCCCGGCUGUCCAGUCAUGCUGACCCACCAGCUUUCACCCAUCUACCAGCAGCCAGCAUACCUCCACUACCAGGCCCCCACCCAUUGUCACCCUAGUCACCUGCAAUGGACCGUUCCUCAGCCUCCAGUCCCCUCCAACCCAGUGAUGUACAUGCAGCCUUCAGAGGUCUUAUACCAGCCCUUGGAGCCCACCGACACAGGCUGUGUUCAACCUGCCAUGCCCCUCGUUGAGGCCAACAUUCCUGAGCCGCAGUUCAUCGACCACAUGGUGCAACCAACCUACAAUCACACAACAUCAUACUAUCCACAAAGUCCAGCUGGAAUGACCCCCAUUAUAAUACAGCAAGAAUUAGGAAAGGAACAAAAGUUCCACGGUGUGCGGCAAGGUUACCCGUUCGCGCCGGUCAGCCUAAAACCCAGGUAUGGCCGCUACCCACACUAUGGCCAAAUGCGCAAGGAGUACCGACCCGAGAUUACCACUGACCCCCCUCCACAACUUGUGACCGAACCCCUCAAGUAAAGACAACUCCUGAAUACUUAUCUAUGGUUAACUGCCAUCUCCUCUGGCAGAAAGACCCGCUUCGCAAUCUCUAACUCGUCUCUGCCACAUUUCCACAAUCCAUCAUCAGCAUUAUAUUAUUCAGUCCAGUCAAUUAAUGUUUUAUGUUUAUUGUGUGUAGUAGAAUAGAAGUAGUAUUAGUAUAGUAAAAAUGUAAUUUUAUCAGUAUUUGAAUUGUAGGCCUAGCUGUUAAGGUACUUCAAGAUUUUUGGUGCUUUUUCCAAAACCCUGGGAGAGCUAGCUCUUAAAGUAUUUUUGUAAGAACAAUUUUCUUUGGAAUGUUUGUCCACCAUUUUUCAUUUAAACAUUCAAGAAGAAUGGACGAUACAACAUUUUCCUAUACAGUUUAUUCAAGCCUUAAGAAAAUAUUUUUUAAUUAGUUGUUAAGGCAAAGCAAACCAUCUUAAAAGAGAUUCCUGACAUAAUUACUAUCUGCUAAUAAGAAUGUACUUUCCUUUUAUAAUGUGACUACAUGUUGAAAUUCCUAAAAGGUUAAUCAGUACAUUAUUCUCUAACAGAAUAAAAAAGAUAUGGGAAAUUUGGCUAUUCUAUUUUAUCUAUGUAAAAAUAAAAUGUUUUCAAGAGCUGUUUCAAAUAGAUUUUACUAUGAUUGUGAGUCUCUAAAAUAAUGUGCCAUCAAAAUGAAGGGUAACUUGACUAACUUCACAGCAACACUGUCCACAGAACUGUGACUACAAAUAUAGCCUCAUGAACACCAGUCAAACAUCAUCACAUUGUCUUAUAUCAGCAUUGUAGAAAGGCGGGGACAUUUCUAGAUUAUCACAUGAUUAACACUUAGUAUGAGUAUUUUUGAUUUUGUAUUGUGUUAUCUGCUAUUCACUUUAAUUUAUGUUGUCCCCUGUAAAAUGUCUAGGUGGAUUUCUUUAUUACUAGUAUGUCAAGAAAUAAAUUAAGAAUUUCAUAAAUUGGUGCUUGCAUGUUCUAUUAAAGUAAUAGUUCAUGAUUUUGAUGAUAAGGCAGUUAAUCUACUUUUCCAAUUUUCUAGUGAACCAAUUUCUAUACAAGGUGUGAAGAAAGUUAGAGGUAGUUGUGCAAGCCCAUGCUUUUCUGUGCUAGCAUAAUGUGAGCAAUUUGCACACGCUAGACAGCAACUUACUUUGGCCUACUUUCAGUUACAUCAAAAUAGUGUCCACAAGUAAAUCAUACACCAGGGAAGUAGAUAAAUGACCUCAUAAACCAAAAUCCUUAUCUAGUUCUUUAAUUUUAUAUAUAAGAAACUAAGGUUCAUUUGAUUAGGUUGGUUACAAAUAAAACCAAAUUAAUCAAUUUAAAUUUUGAAAAACAAAGGUAUUUUGUUGCAUUACAAGCAUGUCUGUAGCUUUUUAGAAAUGUACAUAACAUUGUGAAUUUGAUGUAUCUGAUUCAACAUGUAAGUUUUACAAUGUUAAAUGUUUAAGAAGUUCAUAUUGGUUUUAAACACAUUUCACUGAUGUUUUCGCCUUCUAAACCUCUUAUAAUCCCAUUGCUAAAUUUUAAGGAGCUCCAGGGGAAAGUAGUCUCAAAAAUGUUUAAAGAUUAUUUUGGAAUGUUCCUGUCUUUCAUUAUCAGUUUUAAGAUACGGGUUUAAUAAUAGUGCAUGAAUGUUAUCAGUUAAAUGUUUUGUAAUUAGUUCUGAACACUCAGCUAUGUUCUGCACAUUAGUGUACGUUGUUCUUAUGUGAAUAUUGGAGAGUAUUUUACAAACUUUCUGUUCAGAAGUGGGGUGUCUUAUUCAUGACAAUAAAGUUGGAACCCUUUAAUGUAAGAGAUGUCAUGUGUCAUUGAUCCUUGAGAAACAACUUUACCCCUACUGAUCAAAAAAAAAUAUAUAUAAAUACAAUUUAAAAAAUGAAAGGAAUACAUGAUACUUGACUGUAAAUAUAUCUGAUCUUUUAAUAGGAAAUUGCGAAUAGACAUCCACCAGGGACAAAAUGCCAAUAGAGUAAAAUACAUACUUUGUGUUGUCGAAGUAAUAGUUAAUUUGACAAGAAUAUAGAAAGUAAAUGAGACAUGCUUUGAAAACCUAAGGCAGUUUUGAGUAGCCGUUGUUAUUUACAUAGUGAAAACAUCAAAUUAAAUUCUUUAAAAUAAAUAGUGAAACAGGUUGUCCUAAAUGGUAUGAACAUACAACACCCAUACGCCCAUCCUACAGAAACAAUAAGUUAUUAACUGGUCUUUGUGUGUUCAUGAUGCAGGGACUCUGGCCCAGUAGUUGGCUAGUCAGCCAGUAAAUAGACUAUUCAUCGGCAAUGUUGCUGUUUUAGGUUCCAGUUUAAAGUUUCCCUUCAUCUGCUUUUGUAGACUUCCAAGUCAAGCCUAGUUAGUAAAA